CUCUCCCUUCUCCUCUCUUGCUCAUCCACCAAGCAUGAAGAAGCCCUCGAGGCAAAGUUUACGCAGCAAAAGACAAAAAGACAAAACAAAAGCAAAAAAUGAUGGAUGACGCAUGGUGAUACAGCCGUGGAAUGUCCGUCAGUAUUCCCUUCGCUACUCCUCCCCUUUCGCUGCUUGUCUGGCCAGUCACCUGCGGGGGAAGCAUUCACCACUCAUUCGGGUUUGUUAGUCUAGUUAGUCCCUUCAUCCAGGUGUUGUGGUACAACGUUACUAUCUACUGUACGGUAUGUAUACGGAGAAUCUCGACUGGCUGGCUUGUGCUAGUUCUCCCCAACUGGGCUUCAUGCAGCAUCAUGGAUCUGGUUUGCAUCGGCUCUCGUCCAGCGUCAAAUCCCUCCGUCUCCACCCUCAUUCGAUUCGUUUCGCGUUCUCUACAGAUGAGGCGGAUUGAGUUGCCAGUGCCAACAAACAACAGCACUGAACCACAUUCUCUCUUUUGGGCUCCCCCGCAGUGGAGCAUCAGCGAAUGGGUGCCUGACCGCCCGGGCGUUGCCUGUCAUUUUGAAUUGACUGACUGCGCACUAAACCGGAUUCAAUGCGCCAGGCGGAUCGCAAGGUGCUGCUGGCGGGCCUGCAGCAUCACUCCCUCCCUCGCUCACUCACGCACACACGCAUCUUGUCGUUCAGUCUGCUGAACUUCCCUCUUCAGCCUUGCCCCUCCCGCUUGGUUUCCUUCCCCAUUCUUCUACCUCAUCGGUCCCAUCGAUGCUCCGCUCAUUGUUUCGCUGCUGCUGCUGCUGCUGCUGCUGCCAGAUGUCCUUCCCGUGCGCCCAAUCCCAGUAGCUAGGCCAUGUGUUCCGCCCAUGAUCCGGGCGCGAGUUUCUGGGGAGUGUUGAUCAACUCGGACAAGAGUCCAGCCCCGCUCCUUGAACAGCUCUGUUUAGAAAUUGCUCAUAAAAUUGUAAGUCGGAGCUCGAGACACUGUAUGCGACCGGGAAACAAAAGCUGAAUUCUUGGCUUCUCAAUAGUCGUCUUUCGACGAUUACGC